UCGAAGCCCCGCGACACCGCCUGGGCUCCAAAAUUCCUCCUGCCGACAGCCAAAUAGAGAGCGAGAGAAAGACGCGAGAGCAAAGUAGCUAAAGAGAGAUCGUGAUGGGUUGCACACAAUCGAAGAUCGAGAACGAGGAGGCGGUGGCGCGAUGCAAAGAGCGGAAACAGUGGAUGAAAGUAGCCGUUUCCUCCCGCAACGCCUUCGCUGCCGCCCACUCCGCCUACUCCGUCGCCCUCAAGAACACCGGAGCCGCCCUCAGCGACUACGCCCAGGGCGAAGUUCCCCCUUCCGGUCACACCUCCGCCGCAGGCGCCUCCGCUUCCUCCUCCUCCGCCCAGGCCUCCGUCUCCGCCUCCACUUCCGCCGCAAUCCAGCUCCCCAUGGAGAAACUCCCGCCCCCUCCCCCGCCGCUCCCCGACUUCUCUUCCACCCCGCUCCAGCGCUCCGCCAGCAUGCCCGACCUCCCCAUCUCCAAGCCCAAGAAGAAACCCCCCGCCGACGCCUCUAUCCGCGAGGAGGACGACGACGAGGACUCCGCCUCCGCCACCGCCACCGUCCCUGACGAUGAUCUCCCAUCCCACCGCCGCCGACUCCUCCACCGCCCCACCGCCACCACCUCCGUCCCAGCCCCGCCCCGCCCCGCCCCCGCCCCGCCCCCGAUGCCGGAGUCCAAGGUGUGGGACUACUUCAUCUUUGGCGCCGAGGAGAAUAUGCCGCCGCCCACCCUCAGCCAGCCCGAGGAGACCUGGCCGCCGCAGGAAAGAAUGGAAAUUGAGGAGGAGAAGAUCAAAUCUCCUGCCAUCCCCCCUCCGCCACCGGCAGCGAGCAAUGACAUCCGUCGCGAUGAACCCCCGGUGACGCCACCGGAGAAUGUGGUCGCAGAGCCUCUGCCGCCAAAGCUGGUAAAGAAAUCCAAGCGGGGCGAUUCGGUGCACCACCAGCAUGCUGUGUCACCAUCGGAGUCCAAGAGGGGCACGAUGGUUGCGGCUACUGUUCCUCCUGUAAAUAUACUACGGGUUUUGAUCGAGCUGGAUGAUCAUUUCCUCAAGGCAUCAGAGAGUGCUCACGAGGUGUUGAAAAUGCUUGAGGCUACUCGGAUGCACUACCACUCAAAUUUUGCUGACAAUCGAGGACACAUUGAUCAUUCUGCAAGAGUUAUGCGAGUUAUCACAUGGAAUCGCUCAAUUAAAGGCAUACCUAACCCGGAUGAUGGGAAGGAUGAUUUUGAUAAUGAUGAAUGGGAAACGCAUGCGACCAUUUUAGAUAAGAUGCUAGCAUGGGAAAAGAAACUACAUGAUGAAGUGAAGGCAGGUGAAGGUAUAAAGAUUGAGUAUCAAAGGAAGGUUGCUUUACUCAAUAAGCAAAAGAAACAUGGUCUCCAUUCUGAAGCACUGGAGAAAACUAAAUCAGCCGUAAGUCAUUUGCAUACAAGAUACAUAGUCCAUAUGCAAUCUGUGGAUUCUACAGUUUCAGAAAUUAACUGUCUACGUGGUGAUAAGCUAUAUGCAACAUUGGUGGACCUUGUUGAUGGGAUGGCAAAGAUGUGGGAAACAGUGCAUGCACAUCAUGGCACCCAGCAUGAGAUUGUUGUGAACCUCAGAGCAUUUGACAUCUCGCUUGCUCCCAAGGAAACUAGUGAACAGCACCAUGAACGUACCGUCCAGCUUUGGCAAAUUGUGAGACAGUGGCAUUUACAGUUUGAAAAACUAACAAAAAGUCAGAAAGAGUACAUUAAAGCACUCAACAGCUGGUUAAGGCUGAACCUCAUUCCAAUUGAGAGCAGCUUGAAGGAGAAGGUGUCGUCACCACCACAACCAUCUCAACCUCCUAUCCAGGCCCUGCUGCAUUCAUGGAACGACCAGCUCGAGAAGCUCCCAGAUGAGCUGGCUAGGAAUGCUAUUUAUAGCUUUUCAGAAGUUGUACGCACAAUUGUGGUGCAUCAGCAGGAUGAACUGAAAACAAAAGAGAAAUGUGAGGAUCUCCGCAAAAAGUUUAUACGAAAGAAACGGGCUUUUGAUGAUUGGUCCUAUAAGUAUUUAGAGAGAAGGGCAGCAUCAGGUGAGGAGGCCAAUCCUGAGGGUGGCAGAGCAUCUAAUCAGGACACUCUGGCAGAAAGGAAGCUUGCAAUAGAGACUCUGGAGAGCAGGCUUAAGAAUGAGGAGGAAGCCUAUGGAAAGCUGUGCCAGCAGGUGAGAGAGAAGUCGCUUGGGAGUCUGCAGACACAUCUGCCAGAGCUCUUUCGGGCUGUAUCAGACUUUGCUCUAGCAUGUUCUGAGAUGUAUAAGAAGUUGAGAUCUGUCACUCAGUCACAGAAUGGUGCUUAACUAGCUCGAGUUCAAGAAAUUUCUUGUACAGUUAUUCAAUUUGUAUGUGUUACCUAUUUUUAGGUUCUUUGAUUUAUAUUUGUUGUUUAUUGCUUGUUGUGAAUGACCUGAAGAAGGGAUUUCACCAUCUCUCUAUGUAAAAAAAUAAGUAUGGAUUGCUGAAUAUGACUCAUAUAGAAAAAAAACUUUGUUUAUUCU